UUCACGACUCCUGUCCCUCCUUGAACUGAUUCAAUGGGCAGCAGAAAGGUUGUGGUGUUGAUGUUUUUGCUGAGCGAGUCAGCCCAUGACCAUGACGGUUCAUCAUCUCGUGUGUUCAACAUGAUCCAAAGUCGUCUCAUCGGAUUAGUUCACCACGUCCGUGUAGCUUCUUCGGUGCUUUGCCUAAAACAAUCCCCAUCCCGCCUUCUGCUCCGUCGAGAAACCACAACUUCUAUCAACUCCAACUUCUAUUUUGCAUUAUGUCCUAUAUCGGGUAUACCUACUGGCCUUGCAAGAUUCUUUCUCCGUUUAAUUCUUUUGUUUUUGUUUUCUUUUGGUGAGAUGGAUCAUGACGCGGAUGCUUAUAGGACUGACUUGAUGACCAUAACACGUUUAGUGUUGAACGAGCAGUCCAAGUAUCCCGAGUCUCGUGGCGAUUUCACCAUCUUGCUUAAUCACAUUGUUCUUGGCUGCAAGUUCGUUUGCACUGCUGUUAACAAGGCUGGUCUUGCCAAACUCAUUGGACUUGCUGGGGAGACUAAUGUACAGGGUGAAGAGCAAAAGAAGCUGGAUGUGCUUUCGAAUGAAGUAUUUGUCAAGGCUUUAGUAAGAAGUGGCAGAACAUGCAUCCUUGUCUCUGAAGAAGAUGAAGAGGCAACCUUCGUGGAGCGCUCAAAGAGUGGAAGAUUUUUUUGGAUAUACAAGGUGAAAGAUGACCAUGUUCCAACUCUAGACGAUGUGCUGCAACCUGGGAAGCAUAUGUUGGCAGCUGGAGAUUGCAUGUAUGGAAGCUCUUGCACACUUGUGUUGAGCACCGGAGGAGGAGUUAAUGGAUUUACCCUGGAUCCAUCUCUUGGACAGUUCAUACUAACUCACCCCGACAUCAAGAUCCCAAAGAAAGGGAAGAUUUAUUCAGUCAAUGAAGAGAAUGCCAAGAACUGGGAUGGUCCUACAGCCAAGUAUGUGGAAAAAUGCAAGUUUCCUAAAGAUAGUUCCUCUCCAAAGUCUCUUAGAUACAUCGGAAGCAUGGUAGCCGAUGUCCAUCGCACGCUCCUCUACGACGGUAUCUUCUUGUACCCUGCAGAUAAGAAAAGCCUAAACGGGAAGCAACGUGUUCUCUACGAGGUCUUUCCGAUGUCGUUCUUGAUGGAAAAAGCUGGAGGUCAGGCAUUCACCGGCAAGCAACGGGCACUUGACUUGAUCCCCACAAAGAUACACGAGAGAUCUCCCAUAUUUCUGGGCAACUAUGAUGAUGUUGAAGAAAUUAAAGCACUAUAUUGCUGAAGUGAA